GUAACUUAGAAGAAAGAUUGUUUCUUUGUUAUGGGGUUUCAGCUGGGAGUUUUGAGUUUGUAAGUGGGUUCUGAUGUCUGUUUUGCACCAGUGAAAAGGAAAAAGGCCAUGAAAUGGAAAAGAAAAGAGAAUCUAAUGUGCUUAAAUAAAUGUGCAGACAUGCAGAGAACUGUUUAUGCAUACACAUUAUAUGCCAUUUGGAGAGGAUUCAGCAUCAUUUUGUGGCCAUUAGAGAGGCGACAUUGUUGGGGUCUGGGUGGUGGUAAAGAUUGUAGUUUCCUAUUUGGGGACUGUGUGUUGAUGAGGCCAUCAGAAAACGAUAAGGCUCCAUAUGUAGCACGCGUCGAGAAAAUUGAAGCUGGUAGCAACAACCACACUUAUGUGCAUGUUACAUGGUAUUACCGGCCAGAGGAGUCAAUGGGAGGGCGGAGACAGUUUCAUGGAUCAAAGGAGUUAUUCUUGUCAGACCACCAUGAUGUUCAAAGUGCCCACACUAUAGAAGGGAAGUGCACUGUUCAUACAUUCAAGAACUAUACUAAGCUUGAGAAUGUUGGUCCAGAUGAUUACUACUGUCGGUUUGAGUAUAAAGCGGCAACUGGAGCUUUUAUGCCAGAUCGUGUUGCAGUGUAUUGCAAAUGUGAGAUGCCAUAUAACCCAGAUGAUUUAAUGGUACAAUGCGAGCAGUGCAAGGACUGGUAUCAUCCGGCCUGUGUGGGAUUGACUAGUGAACAAACUAAACAACUAGCUGACUUUGUUUGUUCCGAUUGCUCAUCCUCUGUGAAGAAGUCUGUUAAUACUCCAGUCCCUCUGUCCAGUGGCAAGGUUGUGCCAAAGCGCCAGAAGAGGUAGGCGGAGCUGUGGUAAAAGAUGGAUGAAGCUAGUUUUCAUCAUGUUUGGGAUGCUCAUCGGGAUUUUGUACAGUGCACUGAACUGGAACUAAUGCCAGUUCUUUGCAUAUAUUAUCUGAUGUCUGUUGUGUCCUGCUUUUGUCAGUAGUUCUUGUAUGUACUAGUAUUAGCAAGAUGUUGACAGUCUGUUGGAAUUUUAAACUGAACUAGCAAAACAGUCUUUUGGAUUUUGAAUGGCAAAAUUAGUGUAAAUUUAUUGACAUGUUAUCUUCUA